AUGGUGAGCCGGGGCCCGGGCCCCCGCCUGCUCCCGGCCUCGGACAGCAGCGACGGCGAGCCGGGGGCAGGCCUCGCCCUGGACAUGAAGUACACGCUGGACGCUGGACGCCAGGUGAAGAAGAGGAACAAGGCCCUGCAGGUGCGCUUCAAGGACAUCUGUGAGGCCCAGAGCGAGCAGCUGGGAGCGCGCCAGGCCCGACCCCCGGGCCGCCGGCCUCCGGAGGGGGACGAGGGGUCGGCCGGACGCCGGGAGGACCGACCCGCGGCCCAGAGAGCGGCCUACCGCAAGUACCUGACCGUGCCAGCCCGCCGGGCCAUCCCCAACGUGACCCGCAGCACCGGCGUCCAGACCUCCCCGGACCUACGCGUCGGCUAUCAGACCUUCCCCCUUGACCGCAAGAAGGCGGGUGGCGGACAGGGGGCCGCAGCUGCCCCCUUCCGGGGCCCCGCCCUCGGCUUCCUGCUGGACGUGCGCGACAAGAGGGCUGGCAGACAGCGGACGGCGGCCCUCAUCUCCCCGCCGCCCGGGCCCGCGGCCUACCCCCAAGCCGGGUUGGACGCAGCCGAAGGAGGCGCGGACCUCGCCCCGGGCCCCUCCGAGUCCUCGGCCACCACCAGGCUGUUCGAGACAGAGGUGGUGCCCGGGCCCGGCUCGCCGGACUCCGAGGGUGAGGGGCCCGGGGCCCCGGAGGACCCGCCCGUCCUGCAGGUCAACGGGGCGGCGGAGGCGGGUGCCGGGGGGCGGACCUGCGGGCCGCAGGCCGAGGCCCGGCCCUCCACCGCCCACGGCCCACUCGGGGCCCACGGUUCAUCUCCCGCGGACGCCCGGCCCGAGACGCCGGCCCCGGCGGCCGGCACGGAAGUGGGAGAUCUGAAAGCCCAGCUGCAGACCAUGGAGACCCUGAUCAGCUCCAGCCAGGAGACCAUCAAAGUGCUGCUGGGCGUCAUCCAGGAGCUGGAGAAGGGGGAGGCCCACAGGGAAGGGCUUUCAUAUCGGACUGGCCAAGACACUGCUAACUGUGACACAUGCAGAAACAGUGCUUGUAUUAUCUAUAGUGUGGAGCUGGACUUCAAACAGCAGGAAGACAAACUCCAGCCGGUCCUGAGGAAACUGCACCCGAUGGAGGGCGCUCAGGUCACCUCGUUGCCUUACCCGCCGGACAGCGGCUCCUCCACGCCCAAGCAAAAAUCCAAAACCGAACCCAAAAAGCCCGGCCGAUGGAAACUCUGGUUCCUUUAGCCCUUCCCUUCCCCUUCCCCCCAUUUCUUCCCCUGCCCCGGGGGCGGGGGCCACCACGGCCCGGGCCUUCCAGGAAAAACGCUUGGAGCCAAAUGGGCGCCCACCUGGAGAGGCCGGGAUCCGCCGACCCCGAGAGGGAAGGGAGCGGCGGGUCCGUGAACCAACAAGGCCUUUGUCCCCAGCGAGCACCGGAUGGACGGUAGGACGGAUUGACAGGCGGAAAGAAGGAUGGACUCGGACCUGGCGCCCUCCCUCCGCCGCUCCCCGUCGAGGGACGGGAUGUCAGCGUCGGCGCUCCCAGAGUCCAGUGUGGCAAGCAAAGACCUCUUCCCCCCGCCGGCCUUCACGGGGUCCCACCCACGCCCCCAUCCCGGCCCCCACCCCGACCCCCGCCAGAGGCUGGCCUUCUCGCCGCCGCGAAAAUCCCACCAUCGUCUUCAAGCCUUUAGUUUUCUGAAAUCCAGAAAAGAAGAGAGGGCAAGCCUUACGUUUGCCGGGGACUUCAUUUCUACCUUUAAUUUUGCAAAAUACACAGGGGGUGAGUGCAGUUUUCAGCACCCAAAAUCCUGAAGAAAGCACAAUCUUUUUUCACGCAGUCCUGGGACAGCCCGAGUAAUCUCUAAAACGUGAUUUCUGGAUCAUUUUG